AAAGACUUUAUUCACCACGUGAAUUUAUAAAGUGUGCCGUUAUUUUUAUAGGUGAUAGUAUAAAUGAGAACCUCUGUGGAUCGAAAUAACUGACAAGAUCUUGCGAUAUUUAAAUCUCCAGUUUAUUGCUUGCCGUAGUGACAGCCGGCAAAAUGUUGCAACCUUAUGCUAUCUUCGCUGUAUGCCUUGUAUUUGUUGGUUGUGCUGUUAAUGUUGUGUUCUUGGAACUCAUUAUAAGAGAUUUUCCAGGAAGUGGUAAUAUCAUCACCUUUUUUCAGUUUCUCUUCAUUGCUAUAGAAGGUUUUAUUGACUAUUAUAAGUUUGGGAAAACAAAACCAGUAAUACCGAUCAAGCAUUAUGGUAUGAUGGUGACCCUUUUCUUUCUAGUCAGUGUUGUGAACAAUUAUGCACUGAACUUCAACAUACCUCUUCCUUUACAUAUGAUAUUCCGUGCAGGAAGUCUGAUUGCUAAUAUGGUGUUAGGAAUUAUUAUACUUAAACGAAAAUAUAAAUAUUCCAAAUACAUUGCUGUUAUAAUGAUUACUGUUGGUAUCAGUUCCUGCACGAUAGCAUCAGCUAAACAAGUGGGAAAAGCAGAUAUUGAUGUGGAAACAGAGGUGUCGAUGAAUGAUUUUUUUAUGUUGGUAAUCGGAAUAUUAAUGUUAUGUUUUGCAUUGUUCAUGUCUGCGAGAAUGGGUAUAUUUCAGGAAGUGCUUUAUAAAAGGUUCGGCAAACAACCUAAGGAGGCUUUAUUUUAUUCUCAUGCCCUUCCUCUGCCAGUAUUUCUAUUAUUAGCACCAGAUAUCUAUAACCAUAUAGUAUUAUUCUCACAGACAGGUAGGUUUACAAUCUCUCCUAUUUUUGGAAUUCCUGAGAUGUGGCUGUAUCUUCUAGGAAACUGUAUUACCCAAUAUGUAUGUAUAUCUGGUGUUUUUAUCCUCACUACUGAGUGUCCAUCCCUGGUUGUUACACUGGUCAUAACUCUACGCAAGUUCUUCAGUCUGAUGUUUUCAGUUCUCUAUUUCAAGAACCCGUUCACAGUUGCACAUUGGUUUGGUACAUUUCUCGUUUUUGCUGGCACAUUUAUGUUCAUUGAUAUGCUAGAUAUUUGUAAAAGAACGUUUUACAGUACUCAAGCCAAAAAGGCAUAA